CACGUACUAACCAGCAGAUUUCACCUUGUCACCGGAGUGUGGACUAUCUGGGUCUCCAUGAAAGAUGCUGUGAUUUUGAAACCAGGUUAUCUGGAGGCUGGGGCUGCCCCAGCUCUCUCAGGAUUUGGCAGACAUUGGAGGUGGUGGUGAAGGAGACAGCAGUGGUCAAUGUUAUUUGAGCAGGGUCAGCAGGCCCCAGAGCUUCCUGAGUGCACGAUGCAGAAGGCUGCUUACUAUGAAAACCCAGGACUCUUUGGGGGCUAUGGCUACAGCAAAGCCGCUGACACUUAUGGCUAUAGUGCCCCCCAUCAGCCUUAUCCACCCCCCGCUGCUGCCAGCUCCCUGGACACUGAUUACCCAGGCUCUGCCUGCUCCAUCCAGAGCGCUGCACCUCUGAGAGCCCCAGCCCACAAGGGGGCUGAACUUAACGGAAGCUGCAUGCGGCCUGGCACUGGGAACAGCCAAGGUGGGGGUGGAGGCAGCCAGCCUCCUGGUCUGAACUCAGAGCAGCAGCCACCACAACCCCCUCCUCCACCACCAACCCUGCCCCCAUCCUCACCCACCAACCCUGGAGGUGGAAUACCUGCCAAGAAGGCCAAGGGUGGGCCCAAUGCUUCUGGCUCCUCUGCCACCAUCAGCAAGCAGAUCUUUCCCUGGAUGAAAGAGUCCCGACAGAACUCCAAACAGAAGAACAGCUGUGCCAGUGCAGGAGAGAGCUGCGAAGACAAGAGCCCGCCGGGCCCAGCGUCCAAGCGGGUACGCACAGCUUACACGAGUGCCCAGCUGGUGGAGUUGGAGAAGGAAUUCCAUUUCAACCGCUACUUGUGCCGGCCACGCCGCGUGGAGAUGGCUAACCUGCUGAACCUCACCGAGCGUCAGAUCAAGAUCUGGUUCCAGAACCGGCGCAUGAAGUACAAGAAGGACCAGAAGGCCAAGGGCAUCCUGCACUCGCCGGCGGGUCAGUCCCCAGAGCGCAGCCCGCCGCUCGGCGGCGCCGCGGGCCACGUGGCCUACUCAGGCCAGCUGCCACCCGUGCCCGGCCUAGCCUACGACGCGCCCUCGCCGCCCGCUUUCGCCAAAUCUCAGCCCAACAUGUACGGCUUGGCCGCUUACACGGCGCCGCUCAGCAGCUGCCUGCCGCAGCAGAAGCGCUACGCGGCGCCGGAGUUCGAGCCCCACCCCAUGGCGAGCAACGGCGGCGGCUUCGCCAGCGCCAACCUGCAGGGCAGCCCGGUGUACGUGGGCGGCAACUUCGUCGACUCCAUGGCCCCGGCGUCUGGGCCCGUCUUCAACCUGGGCCACCUCUCGCACCCAUCUUCAGCCAGCGUGGACUACAGUUGCGCCGCGCAGAUUCCCGGCAACCAUCACCACGGACCGUGUGACCCUCAUCCCACCUACACAGAUCUCUCGGCCCACCACUCGUCUCAGGGACGCCUGCCCGAGGCCCCCAAACUGACGCAUCUGUAGCGGCGCGUUUACCUCUUUCGCUUUGGUGGCGGGGGGUGGCGGGCGGGGCCCGCGGGGCAGCUCAGUGACCGCCCCCACCCCCGCUCUGGCUGGUCGCUGCUUCCUGGUCUGGGGCCAACAACGGCCGAGAAUCAGGAGACUGGGCCUCCUCUCCAGGCGCGCCCUUCUUUGGGUUACUCUGGGUUACUCGCUCUAACUCAGCCGCAAAGAUUCUCCUCUGUAAGCCUGACAGUGCCAUACACUUCGGACCGAGGGACUCUGAUCUGGUUAUGGUGUCCCGAAGGUAAGUCUGAGAUCCAUCGUCGGCGCGCCCUGCAGAAGGUCCAGGGCCCGGGCCUUGCCCGCCUCUAGUUUAGUUGCAGAGACCUUAAUUUAUAUACUUCCCUGCCGGUAAGGAUUGCAUCGGACACAACGAUCUGUAUUUAUUAUUUGAAGCGAGUCAUUUCGUUUCCCUGAUUAUUUAUCCUCGUCUUAAUGUAUUUAUGUGUAUAUUUGUAGAAUUCUCCAGCCGACUUUAGGAACGCCCUCCCAGGCCGCGGGGGCCACAUUUCACCUCUUUAGUCCCCUUGGUCUGAACUAGUUGAGAAAGUAGUUUUGAACAGUUGUAACCGUGGCUGGUGUUUGUAGUUGAUGUAAAGGAUUAAGACCGCAAAUUGUCCUUCAUGGGUAGAGUCAGGCGGCCCCGUGGCAUGGCAGGACACCCGUUACUUGUUUCUCAACACCGCAGCCCUCGCCACUAGACACAGUUUAUUGAUUCAAAUUGUCUGGUACUAUUUGAACAAAUAUUUAGAAUAAAAAAAUUUCUCAGUCA